CUGAAAUUGUCAGAGAUUGAGAAGGUUUCGGCGGACGGUGAGCCGCCGAUUACCGGUGUAUUUGAUGAUGAAGCACAAAUUACCGAUUCUGUAUCCGCAGCAGUUACUCCGAUUUGUUCAGACCCAGAGGACGAAGAUCCUCAUGUAUUACCUUUAAAGCGAGCAGGCGAUCCCAUUCUAACAGCUUCAAAGAGGCUUAAAUCUUCAUCUCUUUCACAUUCUGAAUACAUGAAUCCGGAUUCGACGAACAUGUUGCUCUCCAUGGGAUUUUCCAUGGAGCAGAUACCGGUUGCACUAGCUCUAGCUGAAGGUGAUGUUGAAAAAGCUGUUCUAUAUUUAACUGGAGAAGUUCCUGGUAUGGACAACGAUAAUUGUAAUAGAUCAGUGCCAGAAAAUUCUCAACUAAGUAAUGGCUGUGCUAUAAGGGAAGAGUACGGAGGUAUUCAGAGGAUGCCAUUGUCUGCGCUUCAAAUGGUUCAAAACUACAUUUACCAGGGAAGAGCCCUCUAUUACAAAGUGGACAAUGCUGUUGAUAAAUGCCUAAAAGCUGCUAUACACAUGUGCCAAGAAGAUCGUAAUGUAAUUGAUGAAAAGCUCGAUGACUUUAUCAUGAACUGUUUACCAGAGAUUGUAAUUAGGCACAGUACCGCUAAUGAAGAGUUGAGAUUCGACAGUGAUUUGGUGGAGAAUUAUAAUACUUGUAUCGAUCUAUCUAUAACACUCAUAGUCCUCAGCUUACCACGGCCUCAAUGUACAUCAGUUGUUUGCCGGAGUAUGUGUGAAAUUUUAAAUAACGAAGGUAAAUGUCAUAAGUAUUCCAAGCGAAGGGAACCUACUACACACUUAAAAAUUCUUCUGUCCUCAGGCGUUGUAUAUACAGAAUCUGAGAGAUUCGCUAACUCGAACAAUGUGCCUCUGUAUAGGUUACAGGAGUCCAUCGAACAGUUUUGUCAAGAUGGAGGGUUUGAAUUACUUUCCAAAUUGAUUAAGAACUAUCCUAAGUCAGCCGAAUCACUUGAGAACAUGCUAGCUUGUAUUCAAUUGACGAAUUUAUUGUUACCUUAUAUGCGUAAAGAAUGGUACGUUAGCCCUACGGCCAAUUGGAUGGACAAAGGGUUAGAUACAAUCGAAACGCUAGCAGAGAAAGAUAUACGCUCUUCGUAUACAAGAUCGUGUGUUUUGGAGUUACUGGAUGAGUUGAAUAGAUUGAGUUAUAAUAUUCCUUCGACUGAACAUAAUGGGGAGAACGGACGUUUGGAUAUCACUAGGCUGGAAUUCAUACUCAAGUGUCUCAAAUGCUCUCAAUUCGAAGCUAGGAUGUUCGCUUUGAAUGACCUUUGCAUGUUAUCUCAAAGUGUGAGGGAGAACAAUGCCAUAGUCGGGGAUGAGUUAUUGAAUGAAUGGUUGAAGGUGAACAAAGUGCUCAAUGCAGUACUUAGUGGUAAUCUCGAUAUGGCUGCGUACGUGGAAAAAACGAAUAAGCUCUUGGCAUAUAUGGCUCCUAUACUCUCUAACUCUGAUCUCAUUUACGUCUGGUCUUUGAGAAACGGAAGAUUGGGUGUUUCACCCGAACGGUUUCAAUCUAUCGUUUCUCACAUUGCUGCUCAAUUUUCUUUGGAACAAAUGGUGUUCAUGUGUGAUUUGUUCGAGAAGGCUUUCAAAACAGGCGAACAGCGCACGUUCGAAAAAGUCUUCAAUAUAUGUGCUGAUGUCACACAUACAUGUGAGAACGAUGAUGUGGUUAAAAUGAUAAUCUACCAAAUGUGGGAUUAUAUUUUGAUAGCAAAAUCGUUUCAUUAUGAUGUCUCCCAUGCACUUGAUAUCCAUGCAGAGAUGAUAUCUUUCACGAAAAAGUUUGACUAUAGGGAUGAGUUUGUGAAACGAAGUUUACUAGUCUUAUUGAAACAGAAAGACCAAGAUAGAAAUGUUCUCCCUAUACUGUUUGUUGUUUAUAUUAGGAAUGUGUUGGCUCUUGGUGUUAGAGAAAAUGCUGGUCAUUCUUCAAUGAUGACAAGGAAAAGUUCCGCUAUAAGAGCAGAGAACAGUGCUUGGGGAGAUGCUGCAUCAGACGCCGUUAGACGACUUGAACUGAAAGACCUUCUGAACGAUAGUAGCUUGUUCCAUCAUGUAGUUCGCAACAUCACUAACUGUCAACGGAUUGCCUAUAACAAAAGUUUAGAAUUACAAGACUUUGUUAUUCCCGGUGAGAGUUCUCGGAGCUGUUUCGAUAACGAUGAUGUUUCUGAUCCUGUGAAUAUGGAUGUUGCUGAUGGUUAUACCUAUAUGCAAGUUCUUCAGUUCUCACUGAAACUGAUUUCCUGGAUGUUCGAGCAUCGUGUCGUUGAUUUUUCGCUUGACAAAAUUCAAUCACUUUGGCAAGGGCUAGUAGCUAGCGAGACUUCCACGACGCAUGAGAAAACUGAGUUCUUCCAUUUUCUAACAAGACUACACAAAGAAAUCAUCAACCACCAUUCACUGUUGCAAUUAUUGAGCAAAUUCAGCCAGCUGAAGCCUGAUAAGUAUACUGUAGAUGGCGUUCGUGCUUUUUUCGAGAUCUAUCAUAGAGUUUCCCAUGGGCCUCACAGUUUGAACACAGAUAACAUUCGAAAGCAUUGGGGCUGUGUUUGGGAAAUCUUGGAAAACGUAAAUGAUGCUGCUGUCGUCGAUCAUGUGAUCACCAAAAUAGUUAAAGAAGGUGUCUACGGUGAUAGAUCCAGUUCCGCUCCCAGACCAUUUGUGAAAUUCUGUAUGAAUCGCUUGAACCAGUUGAUGCAGGAAUACGAGAAGACUAAGCAAUGCUUUUGGUCUACCGAUUCUUCCGAAUAUCUACAGAAAGUUCAUCGUAAUCUAUGCGUGCUAGCAAAGUUCACUGCAGUCAAUGAGAGCUUAUUCAUGUAUGUACGAUCUGAACCACUACAUGGUACACUGGUACCCGGAAGGCCGAUAAGAGUAGAAAUGUAUUGUGAAGGUUAUGAUGUUGAGCAAAAGGCUUUAUCAAUCACAACUCAUACCAAUGAGAUCUUAGCACAUUUCAAGACUAGAGUUGACCAACGGCUUGGAUAUUACGGAAUAGACAACUACACCAUGCAUGUUGACUGGGGUGAGGAUGACGAUCGCGAAAUAUCUAUGAGACAUCCUUGGAAGACAUUAGAACAAAUAGCUAUAGUACCUUCUAACGAGGAUGUUCUUUAUUCAAAUUAUGGUAUUUUACGAGUUCGGCUGUUUUUGAGAAAUAUUAACAAUUUGAGACCCUUACAACGUACUUGUUUCGAGACUAAUAGGAAUUCGGAAGAAGAGCUGCCAUCCACACUUUUACAACAACAGAGUAGUAUGUAUUCGAUUCUUUUCAAUUUGCCCAUAGAGCAAAAUAAAAAAAUCACAGCUGUACGUCGGCAACUGUUCAACAUCUUGCCAAACGAUAUUACUGUAGACGCUGCUUUCCAAGUACACGUUAAAGACGGAAUAGAUAAAUUAUCUUCCAAUAAUAAUCAACAUCAAUAUGUAUUCAAGAACGUAGAAGAUAUCAAAAGCGUGCUCUCUCUGGAUGCUCCGUAUAAGUUUUUGUAUGGCCUUGAGGUCCUCUGUGGCAAGCUCAUGCCUACGAAGUAUUGUACUUCUGCUGCUGACACCUCAUGUAAUACGAUCUCUGCUCUUCGUAACAGUGAUGUUGUGGAACAUAUAAUUGGCAAAAUCGAGAGUAUCGCCGAUAAUUUCAAAAACUACAACAUCAAUGAUGAUUCGCUGUACUUGGAUAUAAUUGAGAAAGCCAAUACUAUUCUGAGGCAUUUCCUGCUCAACAAGUUUUAUAUGAAAGAGGCUUCGAUGGAAGACGUUGAAGUAUUCACUUUAUUGGAAUCGGCCAAUCCCGAGCUACCUUCUACUUCUAAAUCCAAGAAGGGCGUUGUUCGCCAAAUUGCAAAUACAUUUGCUGCUUCGUCACCAACGUUACAAAAUUGGGAUAUUGAUAAGAUCACUCAUUUUUCAAAAAUUUGGAUUAAACUAAUAAGCGUUGUACGAAGUAAUAAUAAUCACUCUCUUGGAAAUCUGACAGAACGAGGUGUAGAUAGGUUUGGUGAGGAUUGCGAUAAGGAUGUCUUCUUUGUUGAACAAGCUUUGUAUGCCACCAAAAAGCUGUCCACGAGUUCACAGAGGUUAUCAUUUUUGCGAUCGAAAAUAUCUGUGGACUGUUUACGUCUUAUGCUCGAAAUUUUCCAGCAGUUUGUUGAUUCCAGUCCUGAAGUGUUAUACUACGAAUUGCUUUCUAAGUUUGUGUUUGAUGAAAACUGGAGGGUCUUUGCAAAGACAAUUUUGUUGGAUGGAAAGGAUAGUUUGUUGAGGCAUGUUGGCUGCUUUUAUCUUGUGUCUAUUAUCAAGAAGUGUACUACGGGUUCUGCUGCUCUCUGCUUAACAUGCCUUUAUGAACUUGUUCUUCCUAUUUUGAACGAUGAUAGGCCUUCGAGCGCGCUAGAUAGCAGUGAAUUGACGCAGAGAACCAAUAUUUUGGAUGUUAUGCAAACUAUUAGUUCAAUUCUUGUCAAUACAACUUUAGGAGAUGACGAUGAUUUAGAGUUAUGGAGCUGUGCUGUAGAUGGGAUUCUAAAUCUUGUUUUACCUCUCACUAAGAAAAUAGUGUCUACUAAAGUUGACAAAAAUUUCGAAAGUGCAGACAGUGCUCUGGUUUCUGCGUUGAUGGAGACUGUUCGAGGUCUAGUGGCUAGUGGUAACUUGGGAGAAAAAAUUACUAAGGAAGUUGGUGAAUUCAUAAUCACGAAACUUGUGAAUAGGAAGUUAUUCCCAGGAUAUUAUGUAGAUGCUGAUAACUUCUCAGGUCAAUCAUCUAUCAGUCCACCUACGCGAUGGAAUGACUUCGGAAUAAGGAAACAAGCAGUUUCUUUGUUGUUAGAGUUAGCAGCCACCAAUCACGGUUCCAAUGCCAUCUUGCUUCUUGAAAAGCUGCAUAUGAGAUUUGAGACCGAACUGAUUAGUGGAUGGGAGUUUGAGCCUGAUGUUGAGGAAAAGCUGUAUAAUCGAGUUGGCUUGAAAAACGAUGGAGGAACUUGUUAUAUGAACAGCAUUCUGCAACAAAUCUUUGCCAUUAGUCCGAUCGCAGAAAAGUUUGUCAGCCUUCAUAUUGGUAGUGACUUUUCAUGGGAAAGUGGAUUGAAGAGUGAUUUACUUGUUGAGUUACAAAGAGUAUUUGGACAUUUGUAUCUCUUGUUGGAAAAAAUAUACGUUCCUCGUGGUGUGUGGAAUGCUUUCCGGUUUUCUGGAGACGAUCAUCUGGAUACGAAGAAACAACAUGAUGCAAUUGAUUUCUUAACUGAGCUAGUAGACAAGUGUGAUACUAUCAUGGAGAAAAUGGAAUGCCCUCUGAUAUUCAAGCCUCAACUUUCCGGUAAAUUCGCUUAUGAGUACAUUUGCUAUGAAUGCUAUACAAGACAUCAAGGUCCCGAAGAAGAGUAUUUGACUGUGAACUUGGAAUUGCAUGGAACAACGCUGGAAGAUUCUUUACAGCAUUAUGUUGACGGAGAAAUUCUGGAAGGGGAAAAUGCUUAUCAUUGUAGAGAAUGCAACUCCAAGAGAACAACAUUGAGGAGGGGAUCGUUUUAUACAUUACCCAACACUCUGUCGAUCCAGCUGAAAAGAUUCACUUUUGAUUACACAGGUAGACAAGCUCAGAAGAACAAUGAGUACUGCAAGUUCCCUGAGUUCUUGGAUAUGAAUCCCUACAUGAAGCACUCCCAAACAUAUGAUGCCAAAGAUAUUGAUAUGCUUUUCGAAGAAAUACACUCCACGCAAAAGUUAGGAUCGACGACGAAGUCAAACAGCAAUACUCCACAUCCCUCACCUUCUUCUCCUAUGAAAAUGAGGAGGAGGCGUCGAAUUUCUACUCUGCCUACUCAGCAAGUCAACCCCGAAGAUUAUCAUUAUGAACUCGUCGGAGUUUUAGCACAUUCUGGGUUAGCAGCUGCCGGUCACUACUUCUCGUUCGUCAAAGAUCAAGAUUCUGAUUCUAAAAAGCCUAGUUGGUAUGAAUUGAACGAUGCUCAAGUGAAACCGUUUGAUAUAGAAAAUGAGGCGGAGAAUACUUGGUUUGGUGGUCAUUUCCGGGCAAAAAAUGUAAAUAAUUUACCUGAAGAGAGAACCCGAACAUGGAAUGCCUAUGUUUUGUUUUAUCAGAAGAAGCCUAUAUCCGGUUUUGGCAGCUCUUUAGUUUCUGAAACCAAAUCUCUCAGACAGAAUCAAAGUGAAGUGUUCCAUUCCAUGCCACAUUGGUUGCAAGUAGAGAUUGUAGACAGGAACACCCGGUUCAUCAAAGAGCGAGAUUUGUUCUCUGAUGAAUAUCGAGAUCUCAUGUUAGAAGCAGCUUCUCAGUUCUUCACGUCCAUGUGUCAAUUAUUGCCUGAUGAGGAAGUUGAAUAUAAAGAGAACAUGUGCUUGCUUGCUUUGAAGUAUAUAUUGUCUUUCUGCUCUCGUAUCAUUUGGCGUCUCUCUUCCAUGUUUCGAUGUCCGAAUGUCCUUUCUAAAUCUCAGAAAGUUCUUCGUCAGCUUCUCUCCGCAACUCCCAACGUUCGCAAACGCUUCUUGAUGGUCCUUGCUGAAGAUAACUACAAGAUAUUCGAUGAGAUGAGCUUGUGCCCCAACCUUGAUGUUUUCAAAUCAUUCUUCGAGAAUGUGAGCGAUACUCUGACCUCAUGUGUAGCCAAGGAAUCUAACUCAUACACUCACAAUAAGGAAGCCGUCUUUAUACGGAAAUCUUUGAACUUGCUAAAAAAUGAAUACUAUCACAAUUGGGAUAAUGUUGAAGUGAUUGUGGAAAUGUUACGCAGGGUUAGCUAUCAUACAGGUGGUAUCAAGAUUUUGUGGGAGUUAGAGGCAUCCUCUUACUUAUGUGAUCUUGUUGUUUCCCAUUUUGACGGCGAUAGCUUAAUGAAGUUGAGAGUUUCUGAGCGAGACUUACGACAUGAGCGAAUGAGAUCAGUUCCCGAGUUGUUCUUGAAUGUCCUCAACUACGGUAUCUUCCAAAACGACCAGAUUGAUGACUGUAAGCUAGCGCUAACCAAGAUAUCAGUUCACUUUUUCAUCACAUGGAUUUAUUGUUCGAUGAACGAUAAUGCCUGUUUGCGGGAGAAGAUAGUUAAUAUAUUAGCCGAAGCCGAUGACAAGUUAGGUCCUGAGUUCACAGCUUUGAGGAUCAAUGCUCUUCUCCAUUGGUUGACAGCUCAAUCUAUAUCCAUAUCCGGUUGGGGAGCUGUUGUAUCCUUGGUAGUAUCUACUGUUCUGAUCAGAGAGAAAUGCGGACAUGAAGAUUGUGGUAGAGCUCUUCUGCUUUUCCUCGAUGAACAGGAAGUACCUUCAGCAGAAGAUAGUACUGUUCAUUCCGGUAUCAUACCAUGGUUAGAACACAUGAUAUCAAAGGGUGCUUUCAAAGUUUGUCAUGAUAUGCAUAGGGCUUUGGAAGUGUUAUACAACUGCAAAGCAUCUGCAAUCAUUCAAAUAAUAUUAUCAUCGAGGAUCCAGCGUCUGAAGAUAAUUGGACAGAGGAUAGAUGAAUGCGCCUAUGAUUCUCAGAGUUUGGUUUAUGAUCAGCACAACGUUUCUCAUAAGGCCCGAGACUUUAUAUUAGAUGGAGGAUCUUCUACUAUCAUGGGGAUAUCGGAAGUGGAUUCAAUCAGUAUUCCAACAAGUCAAGAUCUUAUUAAUAUAGAGCAGCAUGAUCAAGCACCGAAUGCUUUCACCGCAACAGCUUUAGUAACGUCUUCCUCUGAAGAUAUUGAUUUCAAAAAAAUUAUGUAG